GUUUUGCAACACUGCACUGGCAAAAUUGAAAUUCGAGCAACUUUGUGUUUGUAUUCGUAAAACUAUUUAUUUAAAAUUUAUCUGCUUUAGUAAGGUGGAAAUCGGAGCAGCAUGUCGACGGUGGUGGACCUUAAUGUUGACCGCAACCUGCUCUGUCCCAAAUUCGAUGGCUACAAACUCUCCUUCGAUGCGGUGCCGGUGCUGCGACAAAGCUUCGAUCGCGAUCCGUUUCGAUUGAAGCCGCACGCAAAUCAAUACUCGUUGCUGCACGUUGAGCUCUUCGCCCGCCACAAUUUGCUGCAGAGCGAUCCGUGGGCGCGUCACAGCAGCUACUACGUCAACGAUUGCCAUCAGAUCGUACUGUGCUCAUACGAUGAGCUCCAUGGGCAGCCGCGUGAGCAGCGCAUCGUUUACACGCUGCAGCGUGAGAAUCAUGGCGAUGGCUUCGCGCAUCUUGCCGGCGAUUACAAUUAUACGCUGCGCUUCAUCUCGGAGAAGUAUUGUGUGCUGUGCGAUGGUAUGCUGGCGCUGCACCUGCUCGAGACUGGAGAUCGCAGGCGUGACUCGUCCACGUGGCAAUUGGUGAGCAUGGCGCCCAUUAAUGUGGCUGACCAGCAACGGGGAUUUGUACUCUUGGAUGCUCGUUUGGAUAUGAUGCAUGAGCGCAAACAAAUCUCCAUUGCGGCGGGUCAUGUACAGCGUAUGGAAUCGGGUCAUGCAUGGCAGCUGAUCUGGUCACGUUGGACACUGGACGCAUUGCCCGAUUCGACAUGGAUGUACAACAUUUGCGAGCGACUGCAGACGACGGGUUCCCUUUACUAUUGUGCCUUUGAGCCGCGUGCCGAAUCCUUGGUGCUCUGCUCCAAUCACGAAAUCCAAACAAAAGCCGAAGCGGAAGCCGUUGCUGCCCGGCUUUUGAGGCAGGAGAAAGGUGUAGACGGAGCCGAAACUGCAUACAGCUGGUCGCAGACCAACGAUGAUAUCGUUGUCCGCUUCCCCCUACCCAGCAACGUCAAUCGCAAUGAUUUACACAUACAGUGCACACAGGAUCAUGUCUUGGUGGAGAUGCAGGAACAGGCGGCGCUGCUCGAUGGGGGCCUCUUUGCCAGCGUGGCGGAGGAGCUGACCACGUGGACGGUGGAGGGGCAGUCGUUGCAAUUGACGCUCGUCAAGCGAGUGGAGCAGCUUUGGCCACAACUUUUGCUAGACGCCGAACCGGCGACUCUGCCAGCUGAGCAGCAUCCGGCGGCGACAGAAGAAUCGUCGGACUCAGACUCGGAGCCAGCUCAGCUCCCCAUACCGAAUCUGGAGGAUCCUAUUGAAGAAUGCGAUUUUCCGCUGGGCGACAGCGACGCUGACAUUAAAAUGGUUCGAUUCAACUUAUCCGCCUCAAGGAUAACGCACACAAUAUUAUUGGGGGCAGCGCCUCCGUUGUUUGCGACCACGUUGCGCGCCGGCUAUCCGGCGGCAUUUGCGACACGUCAGGGUGUGGAUGCAUCGAUCUGGCUGCAACAAUUUCAGCCGGCACGACCGGACGAGUGGGGUGUGCGGCACGAGGGGAAUCUGCAUGCGUUUGGCUAUGUGCAGGCAUCGAAGAGGAAGCGCAAAUUCAUCGACUGCUGCCCGGAACUGGACUAUGCGGUCAUAACGGAGGACUAUCGCCAUGUGUAUAUCUAUAAGCCGCGCUACGAUUCCGCCGGAGGCCUUCGCAAUCGAAACGGGCCGCAGGUGGUCAUCGGCAAGCAGAAUUUAGUCACACUCGACCAUGAUGUGGGCGAGGUGAUGGGCUUGGCCACAGCUCCGAAUGUCAUCACUAUUCUCACCGAAAAUGCUUUACUCUAUUUACAAGUAUAGAACAUGUGAUUCCAACAGCUGCGUUUUUCCUCUUUUUUUUUUUGUUUGUUUCAAAUACAUUCAAUGUAAAAGUCAA